AUGCCGCUGCUGCUUCUGCGGUGGCUACGACGGACAGUGUUGCUUUUUUGCCAUUGGAGAAGAGUGAUAAGGAUGGAGGAUGUUGUCUUGCCGGUUUGUGUGGGCAUUAAUGGCUUUGGGCCAAUUGGGCAGGCCGUUCUUUUUUCCUCGUUCACGGACCCUUUAGUGAGCGUGGUGGCGAUAAACGAUGCUUCCAUGAGUAUUGACUACAUUGCAUACUUGCUGCGGCGCGAAAGCUCUCUUUCUGCAGGGGACAGAGCCUCAGUGUUGGUGGUUGGGGAGUUUAUCUGCAUCCAGGGUUCUCAGAAAAUCCGUGUUUCACAUAAGCAUGAUCUUGUGGAGAUUGCAUGGCGAGAUGUCGGGGUGCAGUACGUGGUGGAGUGCACGGGACUAAGCUCCACGCGAGAACGCUGCUGGGGACAUGUUGCAGGAGGUGCCAAAGGCGUCAUUGUUGCAGGACAGAGUGCGGACGCCCCAACUCUCAUUGCUGGUGCAAAUGACGAAGAAUUGAAAAGUGCGUGUUCCGUUGUGUGUGCUGGCUCCCCUGUUGCAGUCGCCCUCGCUCCUCUCAUUCGUUUGCUGCAUGAGCAAUACGGUCUAGAAGAGUGCUCCUACACCGCCAUUCACGGUAUGAGACCAGUGGAGCUUACAGCAGGAAGGUCUAAAAAUCCGCAAGACUGGCGCCAAACAAGAGUGAGUAUUGACAACAUUGUUCCUUAUAUCGACAACGGGAAAAAGACUAUGGAUAAAAUUUUCCCAGGUCUUGUGGGACGCAUCUCAGGAACUGCGUUUCAGGUCCCCGUGAAAAAAGGAUGUGCCGUGGACAUGUUGGUCCGGUUGAGCCAGCCUGUCUCGAAGGAAAUGUUGGAUCAAGCUCUGAAGGAAGCUGCUUCAGGUCGACUCAACGGAGUGCUUUCUUACUCAAAAGAGGACCUCAUUAGUUGCGACUGUGUGCCAAAUGGUAAGCUGUGUUACGACGCAACAGGUUCCUGUUCUCUGCGUGAUGGGGAGGCGCAAAAACUACUGUUAUGGUUUGAUAUUGAUGGUGGUUACGCGAAGAGGCUUCUGUCAUUAGUGGUGCUUUUGCAUCAGAUGGGUCCCAGUGACGGGAUGUAG